AUGGACUACGACGAGUAUGGAGAUUAUGACGACGAAAAUGACUUCAUGGACGUUGAGGAGGCCAUUGAAGUUCCGGAUAAAAAAGCAAAGAAAUGUGAGUUUAGAUGUCUAGUGUAAUAUAAUUUUUUCUUUUAUUUUCGACGAGCUAAAAGGUCUGUCUACUGCAAUUAUUGUCUAAUUAUCUCGUUUUAGCUGAUGUCGUCGACAUUUUGAAUGAUUUGGCCGAUGGCGAGGGGAAGGACGGGUUGAAGAAAGGCCGAGUUGAGCCGAAGGUCAGAAAACCCAUGGGAAGUCGAAUUUUCUUGACUGAACGAAGACUGACUGCUCCAACUGGCAUCCGAGCGUUGAUCAACAGCUUUAAGGGCUAUAAACCACGAACUGGAGGAAAGAAUCCGGUAAGUCUUUAAUUUCUUGUUGUCUUCGAAGUUUAGGUACCUCCUGAUAAUUAAUGUCCAAAAUAUUUUUUGGAGUUGCAGCGCAUUUGAACAGGUGGUGUAUCUGUAAAGUAGAGGACAGAUUUUCCCGUAAUGGAGAUUUUUUCAAUGCGUUUGUAAAUUUUCGCAAAAUUUUUUAUCAGACGGCUAGUGCAAUGUAAGAAUUGGAUCUCUGGCUAAGUAGGAGCAACGUUUUUACGUCGCUUAGAAUUUUUCGAGCUAGUUUUGAUAAGGUUCUAAAUUUUUUGACUCUUUCGGCCAUUUUUUCAAAGAUUUUUUUGCAGUUUUGAAUUAAAUUCUUUUAUCUUACCUACUUCAAUAUCCAUCCUUAAAUUUCUUCUUUCAGUACGCCGAUCUCAAGGAUAUCAUGAAGAAAAUGGAGUUGUGGGCCCACAGUGUUGCUCCGAAUAUGGAAUUCAACGAUUUUAUCGCGAGGGCUCAGACGCUGGGACGGAAAAGAGCGGUGACGGUAUGGAUAAUACAGGGUGGGGCAUCUUUGUGGCCCGAUUUGAAUUGGCUAUAACUUCUUUAGUUUUUGGCCAAAUUUUAAAAUUCUUUUUUUCCCUGAAUCGUCAGCCAACCCCAUUUUGUUUGAUACCAAAUACGUUAUACAUAGGUAAGUGUCAUCUACAGUUAUUGGAUUUAUUCUUGGAGUUCAUUUUUUUGGUCGUUUUUCGGUUGUUUUUUCGGUCUUUCCCGGUGUGUCCGAAAAUGGAGUCCGGUGCGGAAGAAAAAGCUUGGUCUGUGGUUUGGUAUAGCAAGUACGGUUCGGCAAUAAAUUUUCAAACGGGGAUACCGCAUGAAAUACGGACGUAAUGCCUAACCUCCAGAUUGCAAGACAAUUCGACGUUCGUGGUAUAAGUUCCUUGAGACUGGCAGCGUUAACAGGAAACAAAAAAAGCAGGAAACAUGAGUUCGAACGGAGCUGAAAAUUUAAGAAGUUUUGUCAAAAUUCCGAAAAACCCCGCAUAUCAGUACACGAAGCUUGGCCAGAACCGAGGGAAUGCCUUCAGAAAGGACCAUUCGACGAACUCUGGAGGUUGAUCUUCACUUUUUGUUCUUAUUCUCAUCGUCGAUUUUCGGGAGGGGAAAUUCCACCGUAUUUUUCUUCCGCACCGUACUCCAUUUCCGGACACACCGGGAAAGACCGAAAAAACAACCGAAAAACGACCGAAAAAAUGAACUCCGAAAAUAAAUCCAAUAACUGUAGAUAUACACUUACUAUGUAUAACAUAUUUGGUAUCAAACAAAAUGGGGUUGGCUGACGAUUCAGGGAAAAAAAGAAUUUUAAAAUUUGGCCAAAAACUAAAGAAGUUAUAGCCAAUUCAAAUCGGGCCACAAAGAUGCCCCACCCUGUAUAAUUUUUUCAUAAAAAAAUCAAUCUGUCUAAUUUCUUUUUUAUUUUCAGACUCACAUGCUUAAAAUACGAAAUGGUAUGGAAUACUUUGAGGAGGACGAGGAAUCCGAAAAAAAUGAUAAUGAUGAGGGCGGAAAGGAGAAAGUCAGCAAGCCCAAAGCCAAGAAAGAUGCCGGUGAACCUAUUCAUUUCUGUUGA